AUGGAUGUGUCGGGAAGAAGUGGAAUUGCCGGCAGGUCUCAGACGAGAACUGAUGCCGAAACGUGUCGCCGUGAUUGUGGACGGCAACCGGAGGUGGGCCUUGCAAAGGGGUUUGCCGUUGGAACCAGGGGUGCUCAAAUUUUAGACCGGCCGCAA